UCAACACGUAUGCGCAAUGAUCGCUCCCUGGUACAGAACAGAGAGCCUAGCCGGGACACAGCGCGUUCCUGUAACAGCUGGUGAUGUGUUUUCAAUGCCAAAAGGUUAGUUUACCAUUGCUGUGACCGUCUCUGUUCUUUCCACAGCACACAAAAAUGGACGCCACACAAAUCAGGAAUUCGUGGAAAACCAGCAUCAACAAAAUGAACGCUUCUCGCAGAAACAUGAAGCUCCUACUGAAGGGAAUCCACGACCAGAUUCAUCAACUGGAGGAUGGCGGGAACGUGAUUCCCAUGGCAACCAUCGCCCUACACCAUCGUCUCGGUCGUCUGAUAGAGAUCCUUAAUGACGUCAUCGAUAUCCUGAAGACCUUGAGAAGAGUCAUAAAACCGUCUGAAACGAACGACGACACUGUCGUUGUGGGAAAUAUUGCCAACAUGGCGGCUGAGAUAUCGCAGGACAGUACCCGGCUCCUUGAUCUUUCCAACAAACUCCCGACCCCAUCGGAAACUGAGGGCCAUGCGAUUGAACAAAGUAUACUGGACGUUCACAUGGCAAUGGAAGACAUUCUGAAGCAGUUGCGAUCCAUGACCGAAGAGGGCCGACGAUGCACCGAUAAUCAGUUUCGGGAAAUGUUCGGCAAUCCUCGACUCCACCCGAGAACUGUCGACGCUCUCCAACGAAAAUUGCCGGAGAGGUACAUCCGGGACAUUCCAGAUGCCGUGCGAGAGCCAACGAUUGCUGAAGGUUGAGAGGUUAUGGUGAAAUGUAUACUUAUUAACCUGUACAAAAGAAUUUGCUUUGAUCAGAAUAUAAAUUUAAGAAUUUCUGCUAAAUCUAAUUUGUGUGUCAUUUUAUAAAACUUGUGCUAGUCGGUAUCGUUUCAAAGGGCCAAUGUAUCUUGCCCAUGCUUGAAAGAAAUAUUUAUUUUGUAAAAAGAAUGCUCCCUCAUUCUCUGCAAAAGGAGUAUUAAUGUAAGAGUCAGCACGGCAACCUGCUUGCUGUAUUGAACAUGAACUUAUGCUUACAUAAUCGAAAACAUUAGAAAACAUGUUUGUACAUCUAUAGUAUGCGUCCUUUUAAUGUUCAUAACAGCAGUUACGCCAAGAAGUGACACCCACAAAGUCUCAAAGUCCUAAAUCGGGAACAAUGAAGAGAACAAGAUAAGAAAAUUAGGCAGCUUACCUGUACAUUAUUACAAAAGCUCAAUAAACAGACUCGAGAGG